AUGGCUGGCGCUCCCACUCUGCUCCUGCGGCUCCUGCCUCUCCUCCUCCUGCUGCUCCCCUCUGGUCUCAGGGAGUACCUCUCGCCGGCGGCGAUCAUCAACCGCCGGCCGGAGGAUGCUACGACUGCUCCAGGCGCCGCCGACGAGGUCGCGCUCCACCCGAUCGUGCUGGUGCCCGGGAUUAGCUGCAGCGAGCUGGAGGCGCGGCUCACGGACGCCUACCGCCCAUCCCUGCCGCGCUGCGGCGCCAUGAAGGGGAAAGGCUGGUUCGGGCUGUGGGCCAACUCCACCGACCUCGCCGCGCACCACUACGUCCCGUGCUUCACCGAGCAGAUGAGCCUCGCCUACGACCCCGCCGCCGGCGACUACCUGAACCUCCCCGGCGUUGAGACCCGCGUCCGCAACUUCGGCUCCUCCCGAGGGUUCCAGCGGAACCCAAAGCACUCGGACUGGUGCUUCGAGGUCCUCAGGCGGGCGCUGGAGAGGGUCGGGUACCGCGACGGCGACACCCUGUUCGGCGCCCCCUACGACCUCCGCCACGCCCCGCCGCCGCCGGCGCCCGGCCAGCCGUCGGAGGUCUUCUCCCGCUACUUCCGGCGGCUGACUCGUCUCAUCGAGGACGCGAGCAGGAGGAACCAGGGCAAGAAGGUGAUCCUCUUCGGGCACAGCUUCGGGGGCACGGUGGCGCUGGACUUCGUGCGGAGCACCCCCAUGUCGUGGCGGCGCGGGCACAUCAAGCACCUCGUCCUCGCCGCGCCGCUGCCAGCGGCAGCAGGGUUCGUGCGGCCGCUGCGGAACUUCGCCUCCGGGUCCGCGCUGCUCUACGUCCCGGGGACCGCCGCGCUGCCCCUGACGCUGCGGCCGAUGUGGCGGAGCUUCGAGUCCGCCAUCCUCAACUUCCCGUCGCCGGCGGUGUUCGGGCGGAGGCCGGUCGUCGUCACCAGGGAGCGGAACUACUCGGCCCACGACAUGGAGGAGUUCCUCGCCGCCGUCGGCGCCGGCGCCGCCGUGGAGCCGUUCAGGAGGCGGGCGGUGCCGAGGAUGCGCUACUUCCAGGCGCCCAUGGUGCCCACGACGUGCAUCAACGGGGUUGGCAACGAGACGCCGGAGCAGCUCGUGUACUGGGACGGCGACUUCGACAAGGUCCCGGAGGUGGUGAACGGCGACGGGGACGAGGACAUCAACCUGAUCAGCAUGCUGGAGUUCGAUGAGCAGAUGCGCCGGCAGCCGGAGCAGAAGAAGAUGUUCAAGUCGAUCAAGCUCCAUGGGGCUAGCCACGGCACCAUUGUUACGGAGGAAUGGACGCUAAAGAGGGUCAUGCAAGAAAUCCUUGAAGCGAAUCGAAUGUAG